UGCUGGAGACUCCUUCGCUCUCUGCGCUGUACCGCUCGCGCGAAUACGACCGAGAGGCUCGUGCCGCCCCCUUAUCUUCCCCAACCGACGCCCGUCGCCCCGCACGGCCCAGCAGCACGAGCAUGGCGUUGCACUGCGCUGCCGCCGCCAGCGUCUCGCCGUCCACCGGCCCGUGCCCCCUGCCUCGGCAGCACCACCGCCAGCGCGCGCUCUGGCGCUCCCCGUUCCAGCCGCAGCGGCCACACAGCCUAGCUUCUGCCCAAGGCCCUGCCCGGUUGGCGUGCGGCGCCAGGAGGCGGGUGAGGCACGAGGAAGAGGAGGAGGACGAGGAGGAGUACGGGCACAACGAGGAGAUGGCGCGGCUGGAGGCCUACAGCGAGGGGGCGCGCGACCUGGCCCUCCUCGUCACGGCCGCCGUCGACGGCGACCUCGAGUCCGUGCUCGUCUUCAAGGGCUUCUCGUCGAGCCUGAGCGGGAGGACGGCGCCGGACCCGGCCAUGAGCGUGCUCCCGGAGCGGGCCGUCAUACAGUCCGUCGACGUGGUGAAGGGCCCGUUCGACCCCAACAACAUCGAGUACCUCGAGAAGGAUCUGCCAUGGGAAGAAUUCAAGAGCCGCCUCCAAUAGCUAAACAAUGUAAUGACAGAAUUGUGGACAGAUUUGUAACUCUUCUGCUGUUCGUGACCAAUCGGUUUAAUUGG